CGAGCUAGAAAAGCACAAAGCGCAUCUUCUGGUUCUCCUCCCUCCCAUUCUCCAGUCGCCCGCAUUUCACAAAAUCCAUUUCUGGGUUUUCACCUCCAUCCCUCAUGCUCUCCAUGAAACCCUUAAAUUAGGGUUUCGUUUUACUUCCUCUGCGUUCUCUCUCUAUCUCUGAAGAACAGCAACAAUGGCUUCCGUUUCGCUAACUAACCUCGAUUUGGCGGCCCCUUUCCUCGGCCAAAAGCUGUCUGGUCGCGUUAAUAGGGUGAAGGGCAAGCCAUUUGGUGUGUUGUUUAAAACCCCCAAGUGUGUUUUGGAUACACCGUAUGAAGGUAAUGUCACAAAGUUCCCUCGAAUUCGUGUUUGGGACCCAUAUAAACGCCUUGGUGUUAGUACUGCUGCUUCGGAGGAAGAAAUUUGGAGUGCACGGAAUUUUCUUUUACAGCAGUAUUCUGGUCAUGAGAGAAGUGAGGAAUCUAUAGAAGCUGCUUUUGAGAAAAUAUUGAUGGCAAGCUUCCAGCAUAGAAAAAAGACAAAGAUUAAUUUGAAAACCAGGUUGAAGAAGCAAGUAGAGGAAUCACCGCCAUGGAUUAAGAACUUGCUCAAUUUUGUGGAACUUCCUCCGACCGAUGUUAUUUUCCGAAGAUUAUUUCUUUUUGCAUUUAUGGCUGGCUGGAGCAUUAUGAACUCUGCUGAAGGUGGACCUGCUUUUCAGGUUGCAGUGUCCUUGGCGGCUUGCAUAUAUUUUCUAAAUGAGAAAACUAAAAGCUUGGCUCGGGCUUCUAUCAUUGGACUUGGUUCUCUUGUGACCGGUUGGGUAUGCGGUUCUUUGGUCGGUCCAAGUAUUCCUUCGGUUCUACUGCAACCGACAUGGUCGCUGGAACUACUUACAUCUCUAGUAGUAUACGUCUUCUUGUUUCUUGCCUGUACUUUUCUCAAAUAGAUGUCUCAGUUACAUUUGUUGCUUGUGCUUAGUUUAUGAUCAAGUAGUAAUGAGGAAUGGAAUUAAUGGGGGAAUUUUCAGAUAUUAUUGAUUGGAGCUAUCUGUCCUCCUCCCUUGUUCUUUGAUUUUCAUCAAAACUUUUAUCACCAUUUUAGUCUU